AUGAGCUCGGAAGAAAAAACAACAAUUUCAAAUCCUCCCUCUGUUAGAGAGAAGGAGACUUUCAGUGUCGAUGAUGUUGAGGCGCGGGACGCCAAAGCCACUGCAGAGUUUGAUUUACACAGCACCGAAGAGCAAAAGCAGCAGCUUGAAGAGCAAAAUGGAGAUGAUGAAAAGAAGCAGGGCUGGUUUGGAAAGCUUUAUUCCAGGUUCAGGCCAUUAUUCCACUUGGCAAUGUUCCUUAUCUUUACGGGCUAUCUUGCCGCGGCAUACGCUCUCCAGGUCCCAAAAGGAUACGAUCAAGAACAACUAAUCCUUGGCUUGAUCUAUGCAUUCUUUUGCUUGAACAUGCUGUUCAAAUAUAUCCCAUUCUCAUGGAUCACGACGCCAAUGUGGGCAACUUGGGAUGUUGUAUCCAAACCAGUAUACCGAAUUCCUCGACGAUGGCGUAUGGUUGGUUUUGGCUUUUUGGAUGCCGUCGUUAUCAUCGUCACCAUUUUCUCGAUCGAAGCCGAUUCAACCCGUGUACAACGACUUAUCGCCCUGGUUGGCAUGGUCAUCUUUAUCUCAGGGUUGUACAUUACAUCCAGACAUCGUAGAUCAAUCAAUUGGUCCACCGUAUGGUCCUCCUUAUUGCUCCAAUUCUUGCUUGCAUUGUUUGUCUUUCGUACUUCGGUUGGCCAAGACAUCUUUAGUUGGUUGUCAACUUUUGCACAAGGCUAUCUUGGCAAGGCCUGGUAUGGUAUCCAAUUCUUAACGAACGAUGAUGUUGCCAACGCAGGUGUUUUCGCCGUUACGGUGUUCCCUGCCAUUAUUUUCUUUGCCUCCACUGUUCAAAUCUUAUACUACAUUGGUGCUUUGCAAUGGAUGUUGACUCGCUUUGCCGUCAUCUUUGUUCAUCUUCUUCAAGUCUCAGGUGCCGAGGCUAUUGUAGCUGUUGCAUCGCCAUUUAUCGGUCAAGGUGAAAACGCUUUGCUUGUCAAGCCUUACCUUCCCUACAUGACCCAAGCCGAAUUGCAUCAAGUCAUGACCUCUGGUUUUGCUACCAUUUCUGGCUCUGUGUUGUUUGGCUACAUGGCCAUGGGUGUUAAGGGUGAAGCCCUCUUGACAUCUUGUAUCAUGUCCAUUCCAUGCUCUUUGGCUGUUUCCAAGCUCCGUGUUCCUGAGACCGAAGAACCAUUGACUGGCGGCAAGGUGCGUCUCCCACCUGUCGAUCCCAAUGAAAAGCCAGCCAACUUAUUGCAUGCUGCUGGUAAUGGUGCCAACUUGGGUAUGACCAUUGUGCUUUGCAUUGCUGCCAAUUUGAUUGCUCUUCUCUCGCUUUUGUACGCUGUCAAUGCUUUCCUCACUUGGGCUGGUAACUUUUUGACCAUCCAAGAAUUGACCUUGCAGCUCAUUACUGGUUAUGUCUUUGUUCCCAUUGCAUGGAUGAUUGGUGCCGAUAACCAAAACCUUGUCGACGUGGGUCGUCUCAUGGCUCUCAAGAUCUGGGCAAACGAAUUUGUCGCCUAUAAGGAAAUGACAACCACUUACAAGGAUAUCUUGACCCCACGAUCACAGCUUGUUGCUACCUACGCUCUUUGUGGUUUUGCCAACCUUUCCAGUAUUGGUAACCAAAUCGGUUGUCUUACAGUCAUUGCUCCUGGUCGUGCUGCCGAAUUAUCAAAGUUGGCUGUAUCAUCCAUGCUUUGUGGUGCCAUCUCUACUUGGAUCUCAGCAUGCAUUGCCGGUAUGCUUGGUUAA